AGCUCCAUGCCCUCAGCCGGGUGUUACAUGUCCAAUGAAAGGCCUACUGAAGUAUUUUGGGAACUACUUUGGGUGAAAUCCUUAUUAAAUAAAUUCCUAUUACUUCACAUACCUAAAUCCAACCCAAAAAAAAGGCAACAAGCCAAUCAGAAAUAGAGGCUACAUUGGGGGAAGGGUCAUACGGACUGCCGAGCCUCCCUCUGCCCCAAAAACACGUCUGAAAGCCCCUGAAGGAGAGGAGGGAGAGGAGGGAGAGGACUGCUCUCUACCGAGCUGACAGGCUGACCCCAGCAGGCCUGGAGGCCUUCAAGUUUGGACACAGCGGUGCAUGACUACUACAAAUAUCAUCCCAUGCCGGAGAUCACCAACUGGAUGGCUCAGGUUAAGAAGGAUCACCCGGACAUCGUGACCAUAGUGGAGUACGGACAGACGUACGAGAACAGGAAGAUUAGCUUGCUCAAGAUUGGCCUCAAUACUGGGGAGAAAAAGAAAGCUAUCUGGAUGGACUGCGGUAUUCACGCCAGGGAAUGGAUCGCCCCGGCCUUCUGUCAGUACUUUGUCAGACAGAUCCUGCAAGCGUACCAAACCGACCCGAAAAUGCACGAGAUGAUGAAGAACAUGGACUUCUACGUCACCCCCGUUCUCAACAUCGACGGCUACAUCCACACCUGGAAGAACAAGACAACUCGACUGUGGAGGAAGAACAUGUCACCAGGACCUUCAGGCUGCAACUGUUCCGGCGUCGAUCUCAACCGCAACUUUGACGCCAACUGGGGCACAAUCGGGGUGUCAUCUGACUGCUGCUCCAACAUCUACUGCGGAAGCAGACCGGUGUCCGAGCCCGAGGCCCAGGCCGUCACUUAUUUUGUGGGAAGCCGGAAGGAGGACUUCCUGUGUUUCCUCACCAUCCACUCCUACGGCCAGCUGCUCCUGGUUCCAUACGGACACCCCGACUUCACCGCCCCCAACUACAACGAGCUGAUGGAGGUGGGUUUGGCCGCAGCAGACGCCAUCAAGAAGGUCCACGGGAUGAAGUACACCGUAGGAACCUCACCGGACGUGUUGUACGCCAACUCCGGGUCGUCCAGAGACUGGGCUCGGAUGCAGGACAUCCCCUUCUCCUACACCUUCGAGCUGAGGGACAAUGGGACGUUCGGCUUCCAGCUUCCCGAGGAUCAGAUCCAGCCGGCCUGCGAGGAGGCCUACAGCGGAGCCCUGCACAUCAUCACAUACGCCCACGACAAGACCUUUAGUGGUGCCGUGGCAACCGCUGCCGCAACCCUUUGGACCAUGCUGUUAGCAGUGGGUGUCACAGGGAACACCCUGAUGUGAGGAGGGAGAAACUGACCUGUUUAGCUCUCCGUUAAAGCCAUACUGCAUACAUGUCAGGUUUUAUGUUGGUUUCAGAAACAGCUCCAGUUUUUAAGAUGCUAUGUUUUAUUUUUAGGCAGGAUUUAUUGAUGAUAAAAUAUGAUCAGUAGUAUGGAAAUGUAUCUGUUGAUAAAUAAUAAUCCACCCCUUGGUUCAAGUGUCUUUGAAUGAGUUGAAAUGUCUGACUGUUCAUAAAACUUCCUGAGUCUUUUUUUAUAUCAUUGAAUAUCAUGGCAUUAUCUUGUCCCAAAGAGUAAUAAAAAAAAAAAAAUA